AGAACUGGUGAAGAACUGGUGAGAACGAAAUGUAUCUACCGAGAGUUAUUUCAGCCGCUUAUUGUGGGGCUUUUUCGAGGCCUUCACGGGAAAAAGCUUCCAUUCAUCUUUAUCUUCUUCUUCUCUUUAUAAAAACAACGGUGGAUCAUGGCGGCGGACGAGUUCCACAUUUUAUAAUAAAAUAUAAAAAGAAAGCAUUUGCCUAGGUACUAGGUACUAGGUCUGAAGCAAAUCUGGUGUUUUCCACGACGUGCUUUUUGAUUUUAACCGAAGCAAAUAAAUUCUCUCCACGAUCUGCAGAAAAGUCCAGAUUAGGUAUUUCUUUAAUUGGAAAUUAGGUCUCGCUUUAAUUGAAUUGAAGAGCAAGCAAUCUCUAGGCUUGGAAUACAGAGUAUGUCUACGGACCACUGUGACUGGGGAAAGAGCUGAACUUUACAGAAGAUAUACACAAUCUAUAAACCUUGGGUGUGAAGGCACUGUAGAUUUUUUUAAUGGCAGCCAUGAGGAAAUAUCCAGGUAAGCAGCAAAUGAGAAGAACCAGCAAUGAAGUGAAAUUAUCGAGGGCAGGGGCUUGUGAUAACGGUGAAAACACAAACAGCGAGCUGAAAAAUUUAAUAGAUUCAUGCCCGGGUGUGAAACAGAGGAUAAUUUUGGAGAACCCUGGGCAUUUACUAGCAAGACUCUUUUUCAGUUCUCCAGAAGAUGCCGUGGAAGGCUUUGCUUUUCUCUGGAAGCAGCGUUUAUCAGGUGUUCAUUCAUGGAGCCCCGAAAUUUGCUCGGGCUCUGGCGACGUACAGAGAAAGGCACAAGAGCGCACGAGAGAUGCUUUUUUGCAUUAUUUAGAAGAACUGCGCCACGGGGAGGUCGUGAGCAAAUGUAAGAAAGAAAUUGACGAAGUAGACAAGGAGUAUGGUAAGUGUAUUAGGUUAUUGAGGUUGCGCAACAGAGUGUAUGAGUGGCAUAGGUUGGAUGGUUUAAAACAGGGUUUGGAUGCGCAGGGGAAGAUUCUUCGCAAGAAAUUUCUGGAAUUCAAGAGAGCUUUGCAGUGCUUGGAAACUUAUCUGAAGAAUCCUAUUCAGGAUUAUGAUUAUUUUGAUUCCUCCGGUGAGGAAAGGCCUGUUUUUGUGCUGGGAAACGACUGGAAGUGGGAGCAAUUACAGUGUAAAAUUGUUAGGGAGUGCAGACGUUUUGAGUCGUCCUUGCCUAUGUAUUCUAGCAGACGGGAUAUCCUGACACAAGUUCAUAUGAAACAGGUAAUGGUACUAAUUGGAGAAACAGGUUCUGGAAAGAGUACCCAAAUAGUGCAAUUUUUGGCAGAUUCAGGGUUUGCCUUGAAAGGUGCUGUGGUAUGCACACAACCCAGGAGAGUGGCUACCAUGUCUCUAGCAGCACGAGUUGCAGGAGAAUGCAAAGGAUGCUAUCAAGAUACACACCCUGUCUCUUGUUUCACCACUAAUCCCAGAGAUAAUUCUUUAGCAAAGAUUACCUAUAUGACUGAUCAUGCACUCCUUCAACUAUGUAUGUCAGAUCCAGAGUUAGAACAUGUUAGCUGUAUUAUAGUAGAUGAAGCUCAUGAGCGCAGCUUAAGUACAGAUCUACUAUUAGCCCUGCUCAAGAGAUGCUUGUUGAAGAGAGCAGAGUUGAGGCUUAUCAUAAUGUCUGCAACAGCAGACGCAAAGACAUUAUCGGAUUAUUUUUUUGGUUGCCAAACUUUGUAUGUGCCAGGAAGAAAUUUUCCUGUGGAUGUUAAGUAUGUUGCAAAUGAUGAGGUAGAACUUGCACAAAGCUCUACUAUCAAAUACGGGCAAUUGAGUGUUCCUUCGUAUGUAACUCAAGUGAUGAAGAUAGUUGCCGAGAUUCAUGCCAAAGAAGAAGAGGGGGCAAUUCUUGCCUUCUUAACUUCUCAGAUGGAAGUCGAGUGGGCUCGAGAUCAAUUCCAGAAUUCCUCAGCAAUCACACUUGCAUUGCAUGGAAAGCUUUCAAUUGAAGAACAGAAUUGUGUAUUUGAGAGUGCACCUUUGGGAAAAAGGAAAGUUAUUUUUGCAACAAAUGUAGCAGAGACAUCUCUAACAAUUCCUGGUGUAAAAUUUGUGGUGGACUCUGGCAUGGUGAAAGAGAGCAGAUUUGACCCUAAAACUGGCAUGAAUGUGCUGAGUGUGUGCCGAAUAACUCAAAGUGAAGCAGCUCAACGGUGUGGUCGGGCUGGUCGUACUCAGCCUGGAGUGUGCUAUCGUCUCUACACAGAGGAGGAAUUCAAGGCUAUUGCACCCCAUAAGGAUCCAGAAAUCUUGCGAGUUCAUGUUGGCAUCGCUAUUCUAAAGCUUCUAGCAUUAGGUGUUAAAGAUCUUCAAUCGUUUGAUUUUGUUCAAGCCCCUAGCCAAGAGGCAAUUGACAUGGCUGUAAAGAAUCUAUUCCAACUAGGUGCGGUAGUUUUUAGUCAGGGAUAUUUAAAAUUGACUGAUUUUGGUUGGAAACUUGUAAAGCUGGGAGUAGAACCUCGUUUGGGAAAGAUUAUCCUUGAUUGUUUUAAUCAGCGAUUGGGUAGGGAAGGCCUUGUGUUGGCUGCCGUGAUGGCAAAUGCAGGUAGUAUAUUUUGUAGGGUUGGUACAGAAGCAGAUAAGUCAAAAUCUGAUUGUCUAAAACUCCGUUUCUGUAAUCAGUAUGGAGACCUUUUUACUCUUCUUGCAGUUUACAAGGAGUGGGAGGAUGAACCCCCAGGCAAGAGAAACAUAUGGUGCUGGGACAAUAGUAUCAAUGCUAAGUCAAUGUUGAGAUGUAGAGAUACUAUAGCAGAAAUGGAAGUGUGUCUUAAGAAUGAACUGAACAUAAUUGUUCCAAGUUACUGGUCUUGGUCACCACUUGCUUCUAACAAACAUAGCAUAGCUUUGAGGAAAGUUAUUCUGUCUUCAAUGGUAGAAAACCUAGGUAUGUUUUCUGGGUAUGAUCGUCUAGGCUAUGAUAUAGCUUCUACAGGACAGCAAGCACAUCUACAUCCUUCAUGUUCAUUGUUAGCUUUUGGUAACAAGCCUACCUGGGUGGUUUUUUCAGAACUUCUAUGUACAACAAGGAAGUUUUUGGUUUGUGUGACAGUUGUGGAAGAGGAAUGGGUCUCAGCUAUUCAACCUCCUCCUUCAUAUAAUGUUUUCCAAUUGAAAAAAAUUGCAUUGGAGAAAAAAGUAAUUUCUGGACUUGGGCGAUGCCUCUUAAAAAGGUUCAGUGGAAAGGCUAAUUGCAAUCUACAUGCACUUGUUCAUCGAAUUCAGCAAACAUGUAAUAGCCAUAGGGGUGGUAUAGAGGUAGAUCAUGAUAAUCAAGAAAUUCAACUUUUUUCUGUGGCAGAGGAAAUGGAACAAGCAUAUGGUUUGUUGGAAAAUGUGUUGAAGUGUGAGCGGAGGUGGAUGCUUAAUGAGUGCAUGGAAAUGCCUUUGUUCUAUGCAUGUAGUGGUAAGUACUCUCCUGCAGCACUUUUUGGUGCUGGGGCAGAAAUUAAGCAUCUUGAACUGGAGGGUAAAUACUUAAGUGUUGAGGUUUCCUGUCCAAAUGUACAUUUGCUUGAUGAUAGAGAAGUAAUAUUACUGUUUGAAAAUUGUACUGAUGGCAUAGCUGGUUUCCACAAAUUUUCGGGGAUAGGACAAGAAACUACAGGUACUGGAAAGUGGGGUAUAAUAACAUUUUUGACAUCAAAAUCAGCUGAGGCUGCAGUUUGCAAGUCUAAAAGUUUGAAACUAGGAGGGUCUUGCUUAACUGUCUGUCCAUUCAAUGCAUCUCCUGUAACAGAUCAUAAAAGACCUGGGUUUCCAGCUGUCAAAGCAAUGAUUAUGUGGCCUAGGAGGCAGAGUAAGGGAGUUGCUAUCAUAAUCUGUGCUGAUGAAGAUGUUGAUCGAAUUGCAUUUACCUGCUCAGAAAUGAUUAUAGGAAGAUCUCGUGUGCGCUGUAGACGUGGGAAAAUGAAUGGUACUGUUUUUAUGACCAAUCUAGAUACUGAGUUUACUGAAAACGAACUAAGGCAGGUUUUAGGAAGUGUCACCAACAGGAAAAUUGUGGAUCUCUACAUUAUUCGACAUCCUGCUGGUAUACAGCCAUCAGAUGCUAAGUGUGAGGCAGCUUUGUUACAGGAACUCACUAAGUUUGUGCCUCGAGACAAGUGCCAGGUGCUUGUAUUUAAAUCUGAUCCAAAACAUAUAAGUACACGUGCUCUAGUUACAUUUGAUGGUAGCAUACAUCUAAGGGCAGCAAUGGCAUUAUCUCAUCUCCAAGGAAAAUUUCUUUCUGUCUGUAUGCCUUGGCAAAAGAUAACUUGUGAACAGACAUUUUGUAGCACCAUUCUUUGCCCAGCUCCAAUUUACUCUGUACUAAAGAUGGAAUUAAAUAGUCUGAUCGAGUCUUUUCAAGAUAAAAUUCCAGGUUUGAAGAUAGAUAUGAGCAAGACUGAGCGUGGAUCCUACAGAAUCAAAAUACUUUCAAACACAAUGGAAGCUGUUGCAAAAUGUAGAUUUUCACUAGAAGGACUACUGGAAGGGGUUGUGGUAACAGAUGAUAGGCUUGAUCCUGCAGCCAUGCAGCUUCUUUUUACUCAAGAAGGGGUCCAGCUUCUAAGGUAUUCGGAACAGAAGACUAAGACUUACAUUUUCUUCGAAAAGCGUAGCCUUAGUAUCAAAAUUUUUGGUCCACCUGACAAAUAUGAGAAAGCUGUUACAGUGGUGAUAGAUGGCUUGAUGAGGCUUCUUGAAAACAGUUAUCAUGACAUACCCAUUAGAGGGGAAGGAUUCCCAUAUGGAUUGAUGAAGGAAGUUGUCAAAAGAUUUGGUGUUGAUCUAUGUGGACUUAAAGAAAUUAUUCCUGAGGCAGACUUUAUCCUUAACACACGGCAUCAUGUUUUGUCUGUUCGAGGUAGCAGAGAAGCAAAAUGUAAAGCUCAGCAUGUCAUCACUGAAACUGCAAAUAGUCUUAAGUGUGUUGCAGAGAAGAUGCUAAAAAAUGUCGAGGAAAGGGAAAAUGCUUGUCCUAUCUGCCUCUGUGAGAUUGAAGACAGCUACAGGCUUGAACGAUGUGGGCACGCUUUUUGCAGGUCAUGUUUAGUUGACCAGUGUUACUCAGCCAUGAAGAGCCAUGAGGGUUUUCCACUUGUUUGUGCUUGUGAGAACUGUGAUGCUUUGCUCAUUAUUUCUGAUCUAAGAUCUCUACUUUCAAUUGAACAGUUGGAUGAGUUAUUUCAAGCUUCACUGGGGGCAUUUGUGGCUUCCAGUAAAGGUAGAUACAGAUUCUGUACCACUCCAGAUUGCCCAGCUGUAUAUGAGGUGUCAAGUUCUGGCAAACUCUUUGUAUGUGGUAAUUGUUCAGUAGAGUUGUGUACAACCUGUCAUCUAGAAUAUCAUCCAUACAUCUCUUGUGAGAAGUAUAGGGAAUUUAAACAAGAUCCUGAUGCUUCUCUUAAAGAAUGGUGUAAUGGCAAAGUGGAUGUCAAAAGAUGUCCUGUUUGUGGUUUCACAAUUGAGAAAAGUGAUGGUUGUAAUCAUGUCAAUUGUAAGUGUGGUAAACAUAUUUGUUGGGUUUGUCUUGAAUGCUUUGACAGCAGUGAGAUUUGUUAUAGUCAUAUGCGUGCAGCACAUGGCAGUAUUAAUUAGUAUAUUCAAUAAAAAUCACUAGUUAAAUGCAAAA